GGUGGUGGUGUGAGGUGUAGGUAGCAUAUCCCAGCACACACCGGGCGCCGCCACAACACUCCCGCGUGUCACUCUACACUGCCGGUCAGGUCUAGCCACUCUCGGCCCCGUGAACAACACUAAAGGACACUCCUCCUUCAGCGCCACAAUCGGCCUCCGCCUCGAUAUCGAUUCUUUAGUCAGUGUUGAACAAUUGGUUAGAGCCCAUGACCGGAGUGUGAGAGAUGUGUGAGAGGGCGCCAGUGACGGGGCUCACCUGUCCACUCACCGCUCCCGGGAGACUGGUGCUACCCCCCAGGGUGUGAGACACCCUCAGGUGCCGGCCACGUGGAUGUUGAGGGACACUCCUCGGGAGUUGGGUGGGUAGGGUGGCGCGUCGGAGUGAUGGUGAACCAUGCGCAGUGCCUACCCCCUCCUGGUGGACCAGAACGGCUGGAGUGUAGGUAACUGUAGGGACCCCACCUCCUUACUGCGAUCUGUGGGCGUUGACCUCUCGCGCCCCGCCCAUCAUCACCACUCUCAGCACUCCAACCAUGAUAUUGAGAUUCACGUGGAGGACCCCCCGUCGUCCUUCAGCCACGAGUACCCGCAGCCCUUGGCCACCACACACGGGGAAAGGGCCGCGACCCUGGGUGGAUCACCAGAGUACCGGACCCUUAAGAGGAAGUCAGGUGACAACGCCCGUACCUCUUCCAUCAACAGGACGGUUCAGCGCCUCCAGCUGAGUAUCCACCCUGAACCCGACCUACGCUUAGAAAACAGACGUGUAGAAGGACGUUCCGACGUACGGUCGGACAGUCGUUCAGACAGCCGGAAUCAAAACACCGGGUCCUCUCGGAGCUCGGCAGCGAGCACUGCCACGCCUCGCAACUCUCCCAGGACAACAUCUCCCCGAACAUCUCCCCGAACAACGUACGGGGGGAGGCGGCAGGAGGGCGUGCACCCCGGGGGUGCCGCGGGCUUGGAGCAGCAGGACCGACAGCCCAACCACCGGGAGGACUUCACUCGAGGCAGCAAUGGGACUGGCAACUGUGGGGUGGCCCACCCCGCCUUCAGCCUGCCCAUGAUGCGUCCUUCCCGGCCCUCGGAGCUCUCCCUCUGCUGCUCCUCCCCAGAGUAUUACUACAACGAGGAGAGGCUGCGACAGGAGCCUGAGCCGGGUCUGCUCAACUGUUGUGACACCAAGAUCUCGUGCUGCCCCUGUUCUCCCUGCUGUGAGCCCUACUGCCCUGUGGGUCACAUGAACACCGUGUGUAUGUCGCUCAUCUGUAGCGGCAUCAUACUUUUCAUCAUCCUCUCCCCGCUCUUCCAUUACCUUGUCCCCUCCUAGGUGGCGCCGCCAGGGACGCCCACCCAGUUCUUACGCCCACCUCACCAGACACCCAUCUCACAGGCCCAGCUCUUCUUGGCUGACGCUAGUGUGAUGGCGGGCGUGGUAUUGUUGUGGGCGCUCCCUCCUGUUGACCUACAUGACACACUGUUCAGAUACCAGUCUUCAUACAGUUCAUCGCCAAAGCCCAAGUCAUGCUUGGUACAACGCGGAGAGUCCGGCGGAUCAGUAACAGUUUCCCAUCACAGCCACGGCAAUUCCACCAGGGUACACCACCACGAAUCAGCUAUACCCAAGAUGACACACCAACACAGAGCAAGUGUGAGGAACCGUGGAGUUGUGCAGCGAGGCUCACUUGGUCACUCGUCAUCACAUGAAGACUCCUCUCCCCAUGCUUCCCCUCACCCAUCACCUCAUCUUUAUGGCUCAUCUCGUCCUGCGCCCCAAGCAAACACACACCAGUGCCAACAUGUCAAGGAAACUGGCCCACUUCCUUCCAGUGAUGAUCGCAUCACACUAGUGGUGGAGGGCACACGUUUUAUCGUUGACCCUGCCAUAUUUACCGCCCAUCCUAACACCAUGCUCGGAAGAAUGUUUUCAUCGGGUCUGGAGUUUACCCACCCCAAUGAAAGGGGUGAAUUUGAAGUAGCAGAAGGUUUCUCAUCAGCUGUGUUCCGUGCCGUGCUAGACUACUACAAGAGUGGAACAGUUCGCUGCCCUCCAUCUGUCAGUGUGCAGGAGCUUCGGGAGGCGUGCGAUUAUCUUCUUAUUCCAUUUGAUGCCAACACAAUAAAAUGCCAGAAUUUACGUGGAUUACUACAUGAAUUAAGCAACGAAGGUGCCCGCCAACAAUUUGAAGUGUUCUUAGAGGAGCACAUCCUGCCCCUCAUGGUGUUUGCAGCACAACGUGGAGAUCGUGAAUGCCACAUUGUGAUACUUCUAGAUGAUGACACUGUAGAAUGGGAUGAUGACUAUCCUCCACAGAUGGGAGAGGAAUACAGUCAAACCAUUUGCUCAACAGCAAUGUACCGUUUCUUCAAGUACAUAGAAAACAGAGAUGUUGCCAAACAAGUACUGAAGGAGCGGGGCCUUAAGAAGAUUCGUUUAGGUAUUGAAGGAUACCCAACAUAUAAAGAAAAGAUUAAGAAAAGACCAGGUGGUCGUGCAGAGGUUAUAUACAACUAUGUGCAGCGUCCAUUUAUUCGUAUGUCCUGGGAAAAGGAAGAGGCAAAGAGUCGACAUGUAGAUUUUCAGUGUGUCAAGAGCAAGUCUGUGACCGAUCUAGCCGAAGCAACAGCUGACCCUGCGCUUGACCGAGUAGUGACUCUAGAUCCCCCACCUGUGGCCAUGGGUCAUGAAGCACCUGCUGAACCAGUGCUGCACCUGGAGGGUGCUGUGGGUGGAGGCGAUGGUCACCAGGAGGAGGGAGCUUUUGGAGGAGCAGUAGGAGGACCACAAAAUCCACCUCAGCCAGUUAACGAAUCAUACCCAGAGGUGAGUGGUGGGCAUGAAGAGGCAACAUGAAGGAGAGCGCUAAUAGCUCCAAGACCUCACUUCCUGCAUAAUCUUACCACAUCAACACCCCUGCUGUGGAGGUCUUUGCCCUUCAGUAACCCCAUUUCAUCUGCUUCCUCUGCCAUUGCGCCUCCUCCUCCUCACCAUGAUGCCUCGCCACAAAAGCUACAAAAAGGUCCCAGCACAAACUUUUGGUCAUGUUUGUUUUGUGGUUGUUUUCUGACAAAACUGCCAGCAUAUAAGGACAUGCUGUUUAAAAGUUCAUAUGACCGUUUGUGAUGUCUAUAGUGAUGAGCCUUCCAGUUAGGCAUGAAAAGUGUGAAAACUAUGAUUGUUAUUUUACAUGUUUCUGUAUAUACUAUGACUUCUCUUAGGUCAGAAAUUUAGAAUGGCUAAGCUUUGAUACUUAUGUCUUGUAAAUAUACAGAAAGUAAUUGCAGACUGCAUAGAUCUUGCAUACUUAUCGAUUGUUAUAUUAGAAUUGUGUGAACAAGGAAUAUUGUGUGCAAUUCAUCAAGGAUGCGCAGCUACGAAAGAAAAGCUUUUUUAUGUUUGCCUUCAUAUCUUGGAAGUACUGUACUGUCUUUGAUAUAGACAUCCAUGCUUCCUUUUCAUCUGUAAUAGUUGUAUUUAUAUGGCAUGACAAGCCAUUGCCUUAUGAUGUCAUGUAACAAGUAUUAUUCAUAAUGGUUUGGUGCUUUUGGUAAAUUGUGCAUGUAAGUGAAACAUUGUUCCUUUUACUUAUAGGUAAGGUUUACAGUGUAUAUUGAUCAACACAUGACCAAUAAUAUCGUUCUUCUCUUGUUAUCUUUACAGUUGUUAUACAAACUUGGGCCUUAGGUAGUUCUUGAAUGAGGGUCAUGGUUUAAACUUAAUUUAUAAACUGAUCACAAAAUUUAUUGGUGACGGCAUAAAACCAUACAUACAGUUUCAAAGGUAAUUCAUAUCAGUUUUUAUAAAUGUAAAAUAUUGCAUGCAAGUUAUCUUCAUGACAGAAUAAUUCAUUACAUCACAUGAAAUUUUUAGCCCACAUAAGUAUUGCCAAAGGCUCAAGCCCCCUAUACGAUCACUUAGCCAUUAAUUGUGAUUACGUCAUAUCAUACUGAGACAUGUAAUUUUUGGGUAUAUUGUAGAAAAAUAUUGUAUGAUUUGUAGCCUUGAUACUUGUUGAAGGAAAGGUCAAGAUGAAUAACUUUUGUAUUUUGGUAAUAUGAAUGUUAAUGAUAGGUGCAUGGUCAGUUGAACAUUACUUUGAUCAUUUGUGAUGGUGUUUUAAUGGAUUAAUGCCUAGAACUUAAAAAUAAAUUGUCACAACAUUAUUAAUAAAUACUCAAUAAGGGGAAUGUUUCACUUCAAAGCAAACUGAAAUUUAAAAGACAAAUUAAUAUAUUAGGUAAUGAAGUACGAGUGGAAUUGGGAUUCGUUUGUGAGUGUACGUCUUCAUUUCAUAACUGCAUCUUAGUUCUAACUGAUGUGUUUGUUAUCUCAUAUGCUUUUUUAUUGGCUCAUGUUAUCACACUGAAAGUUCUCCACUCCAGUCAGUUGUGAAAGAAAUGAAAUAGAGUAUGUUUUUUGUGUACUGUAUAUGAUUAUCAUAAUUUUUUUGUAUGUUUAAAUAACUUUCAGAGAAAAUGUGUGUUCAUGUGUGUCUGUCUGUCCCGUCCAUGCAUCCACUCACACAGUCACUUGUGAAUGCUUAUGCAUUUUUGUAUGCAUGAGCAUACAAACCAGUAUGUACUCCAAGCAUGCAUCUAUUGUUUAUAUGUGUGCAAGUAUAAAACUAUUAAUUCUGCAGUAGAAAGUGAAGAGAAUUAUGAUUCUUUCAACAGUACUGUAAAACAAGGGAAAAUGCUGUCAUGACUUGUGGAGCAACAGUUCAUUUUCAACAAAAAUAGCAGAUAUAAAGACAAUGCAUGAAUGAUCAGGCAUAACCCUUAAUAAGAAUGAAAAGUCAAUGUUUGGUAUUAAAUUAGGGAAGAAUCUGUACUAUGAUCAGUCUUCUAUCUAUGAUGUGUAAAGAAAAGUACUGCACUAUGCUAUUGUAGAUUAUAUAAUACAAUACACUGACUGUGUAUAAAGGUUAUGACUACCUUAUAUAUUUAAGUGACUAUAAGUAACAAUAUUAUUGGGUUGUGAUGUAAUCUUGACCAGUAGCUUCUUGGGUGAUUAUCCAUAACCUUAGUCACUCUUUUACUCACAUGUAUACAAAUUUUGUAAUGAUGUAUAAAUUUGGAAAUCGAA